AUGAUUAUCCUCGUAUUGACUGACUGCCCUAACUGGAAAUUAGAUUUUAGGCCUAUAAGGACUGAUGAGACAAUAGUGUCCAACUUGCCUGUUUCAGAACAAGGACAACGUGAAAGCGGAGAUGGCUUUUCAACUGUUGAGGGAAAAUUAGGCAGCUCAUUGACAUUAGAGGAUAUCCAAAAUGAGAAAUUUAAUUCCCAGGUAGAAGUUCACGGGGAUUUAUACAGUAAGGAAAAUCUAAGCACAGGCUGUAAUGAUGAAGGAGAUGGGUCAAUGCACCAGCUUCAUGUGUCUAAUGGCUUUAAUGUCCAAACAGAAGAAGAGGAAGCUUUUUCAGAAGAUAAAGAAGUGGACCCUGUAUUUGAUGGAACAGAACGUCUUGAAAUGGAAGCAACCGGUUCUCUUAGCUUAUCUCCAGAACAAGACUCAGAUCUGCAGGCCUCUGCUUGGCCAGAAAAAGCUGUUGCUUUUAAAAAUUUUGUCAAGGACAAGGGAUCAGUUGCAGUGUCGACUGUUCUACGUCGUCUUUCUGGCAAGAAGGAUGACGAUUAUGAGGUGCAUUGUGAUGUGGAAGAGGAUGAAGUUGCAUUUAGGGGAAUUAAAGAGGAAGAAGAUUCAGGCACAGAAUUUAAACUAAAGGACGUUUUAAUGAAGGCAGGAGACAUAUCCACAUGGAAUCCUCUCAACUAUAUCAAGAUUGGACGAGAUGUAGAUAUACAAAACAUGGUGGCACAAGCAGAAGAAGUCAAUGAUGGAAAGACUGUAGAAGAGCAAGCAAUGAAGGGGAGAAUUAUUGUAUACACAAAGCUGGGGUGUCAAGAAUGCAGAGGGGUUAGGUUAUUUAUGCGUCAGAAGAAGCUUAGAUAUGUUGAAAUUAAUAUUGAUAUUUAUCCUAACAGAAAGCUGGAGUUGGAGAAAGCUACUGGAUCCUCAAAUGUUCCACUAGUGUACUUCAAUGAGGUUCUGAUAGGUGGUUUGGAUGAAUUGAAGCUCUUGGAGAAAUCUGGUAUGCUUGAUGAAAGGAUUAAUGCCCUUGCAAAGGAUGAACCAUCAUCUGCAGCUCCUUUGCCACCAUUGCCUGGUGAAGAUGAUGUCACCGGUAGUGGAAAGAUUGAUGAGUUGGCUACCAUUGUCAGAAAGAUGAAAGAGUCCAUCGUCGUUAAGGAUAGGUUCUACAAGAUGAGAAGAUUCAUUAGGUGCUUUCUUGCCUCCGAAGCUGUGGAUUUCCUGGCAGAGGAUCAAUAUCUUGAAAGAGAAGAUGCGGUUGAAUUGGGAAGGAAGCUGCUCAGCCAGCACUUCUUCAGACAUGUACUUGACGACGACAUCUUUGAAGAUGCAAGCCACUUGUAUCGUUUUUUGGAAGAUGACCCUACCAUAAUGACUCAAUGCUACAAUGUUUCAAGGGACAGAAUUGAUGUUCAACCUAAGCCUAUAAUUGAAAUCUCGUCAAACUUAAGAUUGCUGUCCUAUGGUAUUUUUGAGGCUUAUGUAUCUGACGGUGGAAAUAAUGUUGACUACAACAGCAUUCAUCAUUCUGAGGAGUUCAAAAGAUUUUUUGGUAGGUACCUAAGAGUUAUAGAGGAGCUUGAAAGAGUUGAUUUGGAGAUCCUAUCAAGGGAAGAAAAGCUUGCAUUUUUCAUAAACCUAUAUAACAUGAUGGUUAUUCAUGCCAUAUCUAUAUAUGGUUUCCCUGUUGGACCCUUGGAUAGGAAAAAGUUUUUAGGAGAUUUCAAGUAUGUUAUAGGCGGAUGCUCCUACUCCUUAUCUGCUAUACAGAAUGGUGUUCUACGAGGCAACCAACGGCCUCCAUACAACCUCACCAAGCCUUUUGGUCCUAAAGACAAACGUUCCAAGGUGGCUCUUCCCUACCCAGAACCGCUGGUACACUUUGCAUUGGUAUCUGGCACCCGUUCUGGGCCUGCUCUGAGGUGUUAUUCACCCAACGACAUAGACAAAGAACUUGUUGAGGCUGCACGCGUAUUUCUGAGGAAUGGAGGGGUUGUUCUCGAUGCUGAAGCCAAGGUUGUCUCAGUCAGCAAGAUUCUGCGGUG